UACCACAACCCUCCUACAGCAUCACCACCACCAACCACCCUCCUUCCGAAUCCUUCCAGAUAUCUACCUCCCUAUACUCUGACUGCCAUCGCGAUUCAUCAUGGCAGAAUUCGUGCGCGCUCAGAUUUUCGGUACCACCUUUGAGAUCACCAGCAGAUAUACCGAUCUGCAGCCUGUGGGCAUGGGUGCAUUCGGGCUGGUCUGUUCCGCCAAAGACCAGCUCACCAGCCAAGCAGUCGCCAUCAAGAAGAUCAUGAAGCCCUUCAGCACCCCAGUCCUAUCCAAGCGAACAUACCGUGAGCUCAAGCUACUCAAGCAUCUCAGGCAUGAGAAUGUCAUCAGUCUUAGCGACAUUUUCAUCUCGCCCCUCGAGGACAUCUAUUUCGUCACAGAACUUCUAGGUACCGAUCUCCACCGAUUGCUCACCUCCAGGCCUCUCGAGAAGCAAUUCAUCCAGUACUUCCUCUACCAAAUUCUGCGUGGUUUGAAAUAUGUCCACUCCGCCGGUGUCGUCCAUCGUGACCUGAAGCCCAGCAACAUCCUUGUCAAUGAGAACUGCGAUCUUAAGAUCUGCGACUUCGGAUUGGCGCGUAUACAGGACCCCCAGAUGACGGGAUAUGUCUCUACCCGAUACUACCGAGCCCCCGAAAUCAUGCUCACCUGGCAGAAGUACGACGUCGAAGUAGACAUCUGGAGUGCAGGUUGCAUUUUUGCGGAGAUGUUGGAGGGAAAGCCCCUGUUCCCCGGAAAGGACCAUGUGAACCAGUUCUCUAUCAUCACGGAGUUGCUAGGCACUCCCCCCGACGAUGUCAUCCAGACCAUCUGCAGCGAAAACACAUUACGAUUUGUCCAAUCUCUCCCCAAGCGCGAGCGACAGCCAUUGGCGAACAAGUUCAAGAACGCAGAGCCGGAUGCCAUUGAUCUACUCGAGAACAUGCUCGUUUUCGACCCCAAGAAGCGUGUUCGUGCGGAACAAGCGCUUGCCCACGCAUACCUCGCCCCAUACCACGAUCCCAGUGACGAGCCAGUAGCGGAGGAGAAAUUCGAUUGGUCUUUCAACGACGCCGACCUCCCAGUUGAUACCUGGAAGAUCAUGAUGUAUUCCGAAAUUCUCGAUUACCACAACGUAGACUCCAAUCAGCAGGCUGCCGAGGAGAAUGGAAGUUGAAAAAAAAUUGAGGGGCAAUAUUGAUAAUAAGAGUUGCGCAAUGGUUUGAUGUUUACGACACAGAAAAUUCCGUAUUCGCGUUUUGGCUGGACAUUCUCCAACGAGACCAAGCCAGGCCCCAUACGUGUUACCUUCCAUUCAUAGCGCAUGCCGAAUUUGGUUGCGCAAUCUUGGAGCGUGAGGUGGUUUGUCGGGCUCGUUGUGGAAUUCUGGUAUAAUCGGGCGUGAUACGGCGAAGUGUGCUUUGGAAGACGGCAAU